UUUACGGCCGAGAAUCAGAUCCGCUUCCGGUAGAAGUUGACGGAGGGAUCGGUCUGGUGGUUCCUUGUAGCCCGGAGACGUGACGCUUCUUGCUUUGCGAUGGGAAGAAGCCGAUUGUGACAUUCUCUUCGCUCCCUCCCGCCCCCUCCUCCCUUGCCCGGACAAAGCGGGCCCCUCCAGGCCUGUCGGGAUGGAGGAAGAGAGCAUGGAGGAGGAGGGGGGCGGCGGCGGCGGCGGCAGCAUCAGUAGCAGCAGCAGCAGCUACGAGGCCUUCAUGGAUGACCAGAACCACAACAACUGGGAUCCUGCGGCGGGAGGCCGAGGCGGAGGCUACGGACUGUCUCCUUCGCCUUGCCCGGGAGAGUCCCGUAACGCGUGUGGGCACAGGGUAGCAGAGGAGCUUGAGAUCCACAUGAUGUCCGAGGCCGCCAACGGGCCAGGGAAGGGCUGCGAAGCCGCGCCGGGAAAAGGAGGGGCUGCUGCUGCCGCUGCCAGCAUCAACCUCAACAUCAACCCUUCGGCCUCUAAGUUCUUAAUGAAUGUUAUAACAAUAGAAGAUUAUAAGAGCACAUAUUGGCCAAAGCUGGACAGUGCCAUAGAUCAGCUUUUAACUCAGUGUCCUGGUGACUAUAUUCCCAUUUCCUAUGAACAAAUAUACAGUUGUGUAUAUAAAUGUGUGUGCCAGCAGCAUUCGGAACAGAUGUAUAGUGACCUAAUAAAAAAGAUAACUAACCACUUAGAGAGAGUCUCAAAGGAGCUGCAGGCCAGCCCUCCGGAUCUCUACAUUGAAAGGUUUAACAUAGCACUUGGGCAGUAUAUGGGAGCAUUACAGAGCAUUGUGCCUCUUUUCAUAUAUAUGAAUAAAUUUUACAUAGAAACCAAGCUUAACCGAGAUUUAAGAAAUGAUCUUAUAAAACUGUUUACGGAACAUGUUGCAGAAAAGCACAUUUACAGCCUGAUGCCUUUACUUCUAGAAGCUCAGUCCACACCUUUUUGGAUAAACCCUUCCACAAUGGCAAACAUUGUCAAAGGAUUAUACAUGCUUAGGCCAGAAUGGGUUCAGAUGGCACCAGCUUUAUUUUCUAAAUUUAUUCCAAACAUCCUUCCUCCUGCUGUAGAAUCUGAGCUUGAGGAAUAUGCUGCUCAGGACCAGAAACUUCAACAAGAACUUAUACAAGAGGGAUUUUCCAGAGGUGACCAAUCACGUAAGCGAGCUGGAGAAGAAUUAACCUAUAAUGGUUCAGCAUCGUGUGCAAGUUCAAGAGGGUGCAGAUAGGAACUGUGCUAGAAAGCUGACCAAUUGGAGUGGAACGGCAUUGGAAGGGAGAGUAGCCUGAGACUCAGCCAGGUUGUUCUGAUACUCAGGUUCUCUGAUGCAACUAUACCUAGAAGAAGGUGUUUGGACAUAUUUCUUGCCAUGUAAUAAAAUGUCUGUUUGCUGCUAUUUGGGCUAGCUCGGAACAAUGUGAUCAAUCUUGAAAAGGGGUGAGGGUACUUUUUUUUCCUAGAUGAUUUCUUGUGAGGACUGUAUCUUUUUGAGGCUUGGUUUCUAAAAGAUCAUUAAAUGCUAAAAGUUGAUUAUCAGAAAUAGCAACUUCCUCUGAAAAGAUUUAGAGUGGAGUUUUUGUUUUGUUUUGGGUUUUUGAUUUUUUUUUUUUUUUUUGCACUUUCCGAUAUGUGAAUAUUGCUGUUAGAAAUCUGUUGCCUGUUAGAUUUUAUUCAAAAUGUUUGCUUGGUAAAUUGUGAUCAUUUAACAGUAUUUCCAUCUGAAAAAAAUGGUUUGUCUCUGAAGGCCAGUCAUAGGACUGACUUUUCACCUUCCAGACAAUUCAUCUGCUUAGCCCCUCAGUAGUACAGGCCACAAAAUGUUUCUUAAAACUGUGAUUUGAUUAAACAUGGUGCAAAGUUGCCAGAUUUUUCUUACCUUCUUUGAUUGCAUUUAGGAAAAUAAACAUUAAGCUGUGUUUUAACCCAGUCCCUUCCACACUGUUGGCAAAUCAAAUGUUUAUUGUAUUAUGUUGUUGGCUUUGGUAAUGAUUGUAAAGAAUUAGAACAAAUGCUUUUCAACAUGUGAUUUCUAGUCAGAAUUGAAAUGCUAGUAUAUAAUGGAUGAAGGUUUGGCAAGAGAUUGCGAACCAGGUUGUAUGUUCAUACCCUCUGUGCUGCCUAGUGGCAAUACAGAGAAAUGUUGGUACUGAUUUUAAUCAAUCAGUUCUCUGAAUGAUAUUGGGGUGGUAUAAUAGAUUUUCAAAUAUGACUGAAAUGGUGCUUACCUCUGAAUAACAAGCUACUUGAAAUCAAUGUUACACGUGUGGCUUGUACCAUUUCAGAAGGCAACUGGAGAGAACUGCAUGUUUGAUUUUUUAAUUUCAACUGUUAAAGCUUGAACGUAAAAUUUUAAUCUGCAGCAGCACUUUGCACUGCAUUAUGGGUAUAAUGGCAAUAUGUACCUCAGAAGGGAUAACUCUGGAUCCCUGCUUUCUGUUUCUGGUCUUAAACUAAAGGCUAAUCACAAGAUGUAUUUGUUCCUUGACUCUCUGUGAUGAAGCAGCACACACAUAAAAGGGAGGUGGUUCUCCAGCUCCUUCUCCACAAAAUGUAAUUUUAUAUACCAUAAUUAGACUUAUCUUCGGAAUAAAAGAGAAAUAAGGAUGAGUUUGUCACAGUGAGGUAAUAAAAUCAGGCUCUGCUGAAGUAUUAGUGCUGGGGAAACCCCAGUUGGAGUGAGUCUUUAAUGUGGAACAUUGUACAUUUUUAUGAACAAGAGAUGGAAGUUUACCGCGUUCAUGAAAAAGAUAAUGUGAUGCAUGACUUUCCAGCAUGAGCAGUGGCUUAUCUUAGCUUCUCUGAUCCACACAGAACAAUUCUAGCCUUUCAUUUGGUAAGAUUCCAGGAUAAGUCUUUCUGUGAUGUAAAAAUAUCAUAUGAAAGAACAAGUAUACUUUUUAAAAAAUGUGCAGUUUAGAGAAGAGAAUGUUAAAUGAAUAAAAAAGAAAUAUAUAUUUUGAUUUAAUCAAAGUUUUACUCCUUAAUUUGUUGAAAAUAAGGCAUUCCUUUAAAGAAAAUAUAUCUAGAAAACAACUAUUUCUAAGUUUACAUAGACAUUCCUUCUUUUCUUUUGAUAUGUAAAUGUAAACCUCUCCAAUUUACCAAUUUAAAUGUUCUUGCAUUGAUGGAACUAGUCAGAAAGUACAGAAUUUCAGAUUUUCAAACACUUUGCUUUAAACAAGAUGAUCUGAAGAAUAUGUAAUAGAAUUUCAGGAGAAAGUUUGUGAGAGAAACUCUUGGUUUCAAUUUCAAUUAAGUCAAAAAAGUAGGCCAUACACUUAAUUAUAAUUUCCAUAAAGUUAGUAUAAGCCACUGUUCCCCAACCUGCUGACCUUCAGGUAAAUUGUGUUUCUGGCUACAUUAGCUGGGAAUUCUCAAUACUUUAGUCCAAUAUAACUGGAGAAUAUCAAGCAGGAGAAGGGUAAUAUAACCCAAGCACCAAAUCAUCCUAUUCCUUAUUUAGAAGAGUUGUUCAUACUGUAGUUAAUGAGGAUCUAUCGCUACUGCACUGUGCCUCUACAAAAUUGCUUUUAGAUUAUAUUAUUUUUGGGUAGUGCAGAAAUUCUGUAACUUAUAUAGGAGGCUACAGUAUAAUAAUAAUCGGUAAUAACCAAUGCUAGGCAUUCAAAUCCAAGAACGUUGUCUUUUUUUUUUUUUUUAAGUAGAAAGUUUGAACAAAUCUGAAGAAAACUAAAAAAGGCAAUGUGAAAAUUUUUUGCUAUUGUUCAAGAGUUACAGUUUAAAAGUUUGGACAAAUUUAUAUCUAGAGUCAUGGCAGUAAUUGCCUGUUAAACUCUCCAUUUUUAUUCCCUAUUGAAUUUAUCCUUAAGAAGUGCCCAGUCAUGAAGGACAUGUAUAAGUAUGGUUGUUUCACAAUAUUUAUUUCUCUUCCCAUAACUAUAGACGAAAUUACGUACCGGGAUAUUUCAUCUUCGGCUGGUCUCUAGUUCUGUUCCUGAUUCCAGUUUGACCCCUAUAACUUCCAGCAUUAACUUUACAGAAUACAGUGAGAAUAAAAAGAGGAUGUCCAAUGGAUGUGAAUUUGAUGCACUGGUUUUAUCUUUUACGACAGUCUUUCCUGACUACUUGGGUUUACAGUUUUGCAGGCUUCAAGUUCAAGAAUUUCCCAGCCAGUAUAGCCAUUACUGAAAAUUCUGGGUAUUGAAGUCCACAUAUCUGUUGGAUGCCAAAGUAGAGGAAGGCUGCUUUACUAGUUUAUGGUUUGUAAAUAAUAUUCAGAACAUUCAGCUUUUGUUUCCAGAUAAGGUUUUAUUUGUGGCACUCUUCUCAAGAAUAUUGCUUCGGUCAAUAUUCUAAACACGGUUUUACAUAUUUUAGCUCUAUGUAGCAUCUUGCCUGAAGAGGAAGCCUGUUUUUUAUAUAUAUGUAAAAGAAAAGAAAGAAAAAUAUAUUAUGUUGUAAAUUAGUAUUAAGAUUUCUGUAUGUUUUGGCAUCUAAUGCUGAAAUAAUUUGUUUUUCUAUCCUCCAAGGGAUAUAUCUUUGUAAGCGUGUAUGAAAGAACACAAGAAAACUUAAGUUACUCUGUAAACAUUUUUCUUCAAUAUAUGUUGAAUUAAUGAGUGGCCCUCUAAAGCCAUGCCUUCAAUAAAAGCAGCAUGGUCUUGGCUGUGGUGCUCCUGUAAAUCAAAUUAUUUGCCAUUUUUUGUGACUGUUUUCCAUAUAAGACUUAACAUGGCAAAAGUUUAUGCAUUGAGUGUCAUAUGUCAUAUUUGUUUCUUGGGAAACUUGUUACAUUAAAAUAUUUUUAGACAAA